GUUUCCAUUUAGUUACUUUCUUGUAUAUGUAGAAUUUUUUUGUUUGAAAAUUUUAACACACUUUUUCACGAUUAUGAUGAUGAUGAUGAUGAUGAUGAAAAUAUGAAGCUUGGCACGAAUUCUUCCUGGAUUCUGUUGUUUUAUAUAUAUUUUUUUCUGUUCAAAUUCAAUUAAUGUUGAUGAUGAUGUCAAUGAUAUACAGGCUUUUUCAGCAGCUAAAUCUGUUUGUCUGUCUAUCUAUAACUGACUAAAUUAAUGUCGUAGUUGUUGUUGUGUACUCAAUUCCAUUAGGUUUGAGGUUUUUUUUUUCUUCAAUAUUCUGGUGAAAUUCAUCUAGCCAUUUUACUUGAUCAUUUUAUUUAGUUAUCAUUUUUUAUUUGCUGUGUAAAAAAAAAAAUUUGCCUUCAUUGAAUUCUACAUAUCGAUCUUUCGGUUGAUGAAUUGAAAUUAUUUUUUUUUCAAUUAAAUCCAAUAAAGUGUUGGUGAAUAUUUUCAUUUUUUUCUUGCAUAUGUGUAUCGUUUUAAAAUAUGGCCGAUAAACAACAACAACAACAACAACAACAACGACAACAAACAAAAAUAGAUCAAGAUUCAUUAAAUUCAAUAACCAUAUUGAAAACAACACCAUCAUCAGCAAUGAAUAAUAAUAAUGUUGUACCAGUUUCACCAGUGAAAUCUAUAUUAAAACCAUCGUCCACUAUGAUAACACCAAUGGAUGAAGAUCUUGAUGAUGAUGAAGAAUAUGAAUAUGAAGAAUAUGAAGUGGAUGAAGAUGAAGAAAUUGAUGAAGAAAAUAUAAUGAAACCAUUGAAAUCAACAAUAAAAACAACACAGCCUAUUAUUGCCAAUCAUACAAACACAGUAGCAAAUCAACAAGAACAACCGUUAUCUAUGAAAAUGGAUAAAAUUCCUGUCGUUGAUCAUCAUGAUGAUGAUGAUGAUAAAGAGAAAAAUGAAUACGAAGAUGAAGAAAUUGAAUAUGAAGAUGAAGAAAUUGUUGAUGAUGAUGAUGAUGAUGAUGAAGAAUAUGAUCGUGUAGCAAAUAGAAUCGAUGAAUUGCUCAAUAAAACAAGUGAUCUUAAACAGGAAUAUGUACAAAAUAAAUCAAAUAUUGAUGAUAAACUAGCGACAGCAACGGCUACUACUGAACAAAUCAAUACACAAACAAUGCCAAUAGUAUCAAUGGAUAGAAUAGCGCCACCACAAUCAUCAUUAUCAUUGGAUGAAUCAGUAAAAACCACCAACACAUCAGAUGUUGAUGACAAAUAUAAAGCCAAAUAUGAUGAUGAUGAUGAUGAUGAUGACGAUAAUAAAGUUGCAAGUAAUUUAGCAUCAUUAAAACAUGCAUCAAAUAAAUGGAAUAUUGCUGAAUUGAAUGAUGAUGAUGAUGAUUCUAUUGAUUAUAAUCGAGGCAAACCAAUUAUAACCAAUCUGGACAGUGAUGAUGAUGUUUAUAAUGAUGAAAAUAAACAAUCAAAUAAUGAAUAUAGGACCAAAAAUCCAAUUAUACAACGUAAAUUAGAGAUACAUAAUGCUAUACAAGCCAAUAAGAAAAAGAAACGUGAAUUAUUUGGUCAACUAGAUGAUGAUGAUGAUGAUGAUGAAGAAGAAAUUGGUGAGAUUGAAGUUGCAUUGGAAGAGAAUUUUAUUGAAGAAGAAGAUGAAAACAUAUUGGAAGAUGAUGGUGAUGAUGAUGAUGAUGGACAGAAAGUUACACCGGAAAUGUUAUCGAAUAAAAAUUAUCAGCAAUUAGAUCGAUUAUCAUUGUUCAGGCCAACAACAAUGGAUAAUGUAUUACGGCCAAUAUCACCAUCCAGUCUAUUAUUACAACAAGUCUAUGAAACAAUAAUAAAUAGACGACUGGAUCAGCUACAAACGAUUCUGGAAAAUGUAUCAAAUUUUUUCAUCGAUUCCAUCCUACGUUCCGGAUGGACUGCAUUAAUGUAUGCUUCAUAUUUUGCAUAUCCAGAAUUUAUACAAUUCUGUUUGAAACGAGGAGCCGAUGUAAAUUAUCAUAAUGAUGAAAUUACACCAUUAUUGGCUGUUUGUCUUAGUCGAAAUAAUGAUGAAACACAAAUAUUACAUUGCAUGAAAUUAUUGCUUGAAAAUGGUGCACGAAUCGAAAUUGUUGAUCAUUGUGGCCGCUUACCAUUACAUCAUGCUGCACGUUUGGGUCUUAAUAAAUUGGUCAAAUGUCUAUGUCAUCAUGGUAUUGAUGUGAAUCGUAUUGAUCAUCAAGGUUUUACUGCUUUACAUUAUGCUGUUGUUGAAAAUUAUAAACAAGUUAUCGAAACAUUGUUGGAACAAAAAACGAUACGAACUGAUAUCCAAAAUAGUGAUGGCUUAACUGCUUGUCAGUUGGCCAAAUCAAUCAACAAUUAUGAAAUUGCCGAUAUUCUACAUCAAGCUCAUGAUAAACAACAAUCAAGUGAUGAAAAUCAAAUGAUGAACAUUGAAACAAACAUAUCGAAAGCAAUUCCAAAUCCAAAUAUUAAUGAUGAUGGCCAAUUGCAACAAAAAUUUGUACAUGAAUUUGUACAAAACAUUAUUACUAAUGCUGCAGCCGAUGCUGUAAACAAUAUAUUAAUGGAUAAUACAACAAUUGUUACUGGCAAUAUUGGACCGGAAAUUAAAAUUGAUUCAUGUCCAACAAUAUUAUCACCAUCAACGUAUCAAGAAGAUGAGAAUGAAAUUGUACCAGAAUUUAUGCUUAAUGCUCAGGUUACUGAUCUAUCGAAAAAAUAUUCAAUCGAUUUAUCCAAUGUUGGCCUACAUCCAUCAUCGGCAGCCAAUGUUCAUUAUGGUGAUAAUCAAACCGUUGCCGAUGGUAAUAGUGGCCAAUGGAAAGUUUUAUUAGGCCAUCUAUUGUUGACAUUUUUUGUUUAUGUCUUGUACAAGACAUUGUGUCAGUUAUUUUUUGGAUAAUUUUUAAUUUUUAUUUGUCAAAAAAAAAAAAAAA